AUGCCAGAUUAUUUCCUACGUACAUUAAACUUGUUUGUUGUUUUUUAUUCCUCAGAGAUGAAGUUCAAGAAGUCAACAAGGGUCUCUUCUGGUUUAACAUGUUUUGCAAUUUUAGUUCAAACCAUAUUUUGUAGUUUACAAAUUGGAACGAAUACACAGUUCUGUUGUGAAAAGACUGUCAACUCAACUGGCUUCCGCUGCUGGAAUAACACUAUAAAAGGAAAUAGCGUACAUGUUGCGUGGAAAUUCAACAACUGUUCUCAAAAUGACACAGAAAGAACAUGUUUUAAUGUCACUGAGAUGUAUUCUUGUCGACAAAAUUAUAGUUCUACUUUUGCUGUGCGGGAAAAAAGACAAAUUCACAUUGGAGCAUUUGUUCCAUUCUUGAAAGAUGACAGAUACGGACAUUUUACAGCGAUGAAAAUGGCCAUUGAUAUAAUAAACAAUCGAAGUGAUAUUUUAGGUAAUUACACCCUGGUGUUGGACUCUGAAGAUACAAUUUGGGUAAGUGCAUGGUACUUUACUGAUUUGAAUCACUUCACUGAGGAUAAUUUUGAUAGGUCGGUCUUGUAGAACGGAAUUAACAACUACUUCUCAAGCCUUUUUGUGGGGAAGAACAAGAAGAGCGCUUACCAUUUGUACGGAAAAUCAGGUAAUUCUGGGGAGACUUCACAUGGAACGGCUCGCAUCCCUGUGGAAAAAAGGUGAUACCUUCCGAGGUAUUACCUUUUUCCCGCUUUUAGCGGAACGAUCGAAGUUUUCUGUACCAUUUGAUUGGAUUAUCGGCACCAGGAUUCCGCUCAAGAGAAAACGAAAAAUUUGCCGGUAUUUGAUAUUUUUUAAAUGAUAAAACUCAAUCCAAUUGCUGUUUUCGGUGCGAAAAAAAUACCAAUACCAUUUGACUUAAGAUUUUAACCAAAGUUUCCGUACAAAUGGUAAGCACUCGAGAUUAAAAGGGCCAACAUGGCUGCCUUAACGUCAGCUGUGAACCAGCUUUAGCAGACUGAAGUUGUUUUGAAUUGUUCAAAGGAAAACGGAUUUUUGUAGCUCCUGAUUUUUGACGUUUCCAGUCACAGUUAAAUGUCCUUAAACCAACAAUGGACAUGAUAGGAUAAAAGACUAGUAUAAUGUAUUUUUCAGCAUGGUAAUAAAGGCAUUAUUCUAAAUCAUUUUCAUCCAUCAACCAAGGACAACGUCACGCGUUUGGAUACCUGAUGAAAAUCUCCUAUUUUGCUCCCUUAUCUUUUGUUUCCCGUCAUGUGAUAAUACUCCAGAGAACUGUAACCAAAUGUUUCUUUCCAAUUUUAUCUUAUUUACGUGCAUAUUAAAAGACCAAGGAGAAAAUUCCCCUGAGACCUUUAUUGGGAGAAUGAAACAAAAGUUAAAGAGGUCUUUUUCUCUCCACGACGUUGGUAUAAAAACUAUAUCAAGUACCAGUUUUCAUUGUGUAAAAUAUUACACCUCGAAGGUCUUAAGUACUCCGCUUCAAGUCGCAUUUUCAACUCUCUUCUUGCUGACUGAAAUGCAACAAAAACACUGUCUCACCUUCGAUCAAGAGAUCAUAGCUCUCUAAUUUUGAUAUUUUAAAUAGCAUCUGCGAUUUCUUUUCAAUUUUCUAUUGAUUCUCUUGAUGAAUAAAGCUGGUGUACAAAAAACCACCGGCUAAUGAUUAAGUUCAUGUCUGGAUCAGUUAAGUUUGGAUCGUCUAACACGUUUUAUCCGUCUGCUUCAGACGGAUAGAACGUCUGUCUCUGGGACAAAUGUCGAUCUUCACAUGUGACGAACUAAACUAAUAAAUUAAACAUUUGUAUGAUAAUGUAUAUUUAGCCUCGUUCGGGAGAAAAUUUAUUAAAAAUUGCUUUUUGGUCUGAUCAGAAGCAUGUUUCUGGUCUGAUUCAGUUGAUUGGUACGACGCGUUCUAAGUUCGAAGUCUGACGCAACAGACGAUCUUAACUUAAUUUAGGUCCACCCAAAUUAGAGUUUGGUUCGUCUCAUGAAAAGUUCGACGUUUAUCCUAGGCCUAACAUGUCGGACGUGACGUCAUAUUGAAAGGCUCCAUAUGGAAUGUGAAUUUAAAUCAUUUGUAUGACAUUUGCAUAUAUAUGCUUAUUUCGUAUGCUCAUAAGAAAUACUGGUAAGACAAAUAAUUUUCGAAUCAUAAGGUAUUAGACGCGUCUUUUUGCAUGUUUUAGACGUUUCCUAUUGAAAAACGAUCUGUUUUACAAUCAACUUAAACAUUUUUUAACAUUCUGAAAUUCACUGCACAAAGUAAUGCUAGGAAGACAGCUAAAAAACACACCCUACAUAUUUUUUAACGAACCGACAAACAGACAACACAGAACUGACAAUUUGCUUUCCUGUUAUGUUUUGUUCCGGCUUUGUUUUAUAAGUGCUUACAUCUGCUUUAACAUCUUUCUUUCUCUUAAAACUAAUUUUACAGCAGGAAGCUGGAAUGUUGACACUACGAAAAUAUCUCUCAUUUUCUUUUUUAAAAUGAAAAAUUCUGAUGUUGGGAGGACAAGGGCUCCUGUUGUUAGCCGUUCUUUUUAUAGUAGAUAACUUUCAAGGUGAAUUCGAUGGGAAUGGCUAAUAAUCAUAACCCAUUAGAUUCUCCACAUGUGACAGAAGUUUGUCCCAACUUCGUGUGUUAAUAUAUUUCCUUCUGUUGUUUUUUAAGGCUAGUGGUGCAACUGCCAUAAGAGCAUUGUUUACCCUGCUGAACAAGGAAAACAAACCUGUCAUUUUGCUUGGACCAUCCAACACAGCUGCCCUGGAACCCGUUGCAGAGUCGGCAAGACUAUGGAAGCUGGUUCAGGUUUGGACAUCAACUUUAUUGUUAUCAUGUUAACGUUCAACUUGUCUGUGAUGUGGCAAAAUGAAUCAAAUAAUCAAUCAGUAGAAAAUGUACCUAUGUGAUGCUUGGGGGUACUUUGAGUGCAGUUAGAUAAACGAGCAGGAUUUUCUUAUUCAUUUCUCUAUUGAUUGACUCAUUUCACUAUUACGCUGGAGUAGUAAUGGCUCGUCUUCGGCUCGCCAAUGUAAAUGCCAAUACAGAUCUCCCGCUUUAGAGCGUUUUCACAUGACUUCACGGCGACCAUAUUGGUGUUCCAAAAUAAUGAAACGGCGGCCAUGUUACUGUUCCCAAGCAGUCCUCUGCGAGUUGACUCCUCUUCUCUCGCAAGCGCAUUCUUUUGUAAUUCCAGUAAAUUUGCAUAGAUGCUGCUCGUGUGAGUGGAGACGCUCCGUACAUUGUCGUAUUCUUUAUAAAUCAUUAGUUAGGUUAUGGACGUAUUUUAUGUGGUAAGAAUGGAGAUACGCUCCGGUCGUUUCUGCAGGUAAUCAGUCUUGCAAAAGCAAAAAGGCGUUAAAUUUAAGAUUUUCUUCUUCCCGUCUUUCAGGUUUCUUAUGCAUCAGGUUCGCCAAAAUUUGAAAGCAAGAGAACCUAUCCGAACACGUACCGUGCAGCUCCGUCCUCGGCUUCAUUUAGCAAAGCAAAAGCUGCCUUCAUACAGUACUUUGGAUGGAAGAGAGUAGCCAUACUGCACCAAUACGAUCCAGAAUUUUUUUCUCCUGUACAGUACUAUUUUUUAUUUUAAUGUUUUACGUAAAUUUAGAUUGGAAGUGUGAACGUUAAGUUUCCACAGUGAUUGCACUACUGCUUUUUAACUGCGUAGCUUGAAAGUAGAAUUGGCAUUUCAACGGUUCUACAGGGGGACGAUUGUCUCAUCUUCAGAGACCCAGCAAACGAUACACAUUUAGUUCCAACAACUGCGCGGCAUAUUUGAGGAAAAUGUGUUGGAUUUGUAUGACUUACAUGCAGCUCACACUGGACCUCUGGUCUUUACAGGUUUUUUUUCCGAGAACCCUACCUCGUAAAAUCGUCCUGCCCCAAGUUCAUAAUUAUAAUCCCGACUUACGUUCCUUUUUUUUCCUUUUAAAAAUCUAAAACUCUCAAGGCAGACUUAGACUAGACGCAUAAGAUUGGACAAAAUAAACCCUCCACAUCCUCCCAUUCACUAACUAACUGAUUGAUUUAUUUAUUGUUUUGUUUGCUUGUUUUUUGCACAGACAGUGGAUAAGUUGAAGAUCGAACUUGUGAAGAGUAACAUUAGCAUCAUUGCAAUUGAGGGUUUUGAAGAGCUCGGCGAUGUCAGUUUUCAGAUGGAAAAACUCAAGGUUAACUCCCAGUCAUCAAUUAUUCAUUUCAGUUAUUUUUUGCAUUUUCUGGCUCUACCUUGCCACUGCCUCUUAGCUUCUUCUCAAAUCUGGUGUAUUUUUCUGUUUUAAUUAGAGAUUGGAUGCUAGAAUAAUUAUCGGAGAGUUCAGCUACGUCGGUGCAAGGAACGUUUUCUGUGAAGUAAGUAAUGUAACAAAGCAGAGAAUAUGCUUUACCCUGAUUUCUAGUUUCAGUGUUCAAUGCUGACCUGACUUAUAACUUGACUCAUGACUCGUUGACUCUAGCCUGCGUUGCCGAGACGGACUUGUCACUAGAGUUCUCUAUCUGAGUCUCGAAUCUGGGAAGUAGACUGUCUGCAACGCAGACUAGUUGACCCAGGUGACUAUUAAAACAAGAUUUCUCACAUUAAUGCCUGCGAUUUAUUAUGUUUUGUCCUUCUCAGACCUUUUAAAGGUAUGAAAUGAAAAAGUAGAGAGCUAUGAUGUUUUAUCUUUUUUUCUGACAAACAAAAACCUUCGUUUAGCUGUGUUACAUAUAACUCCAACUCAUGAAAUUUUGAUAAUGCAGGCCUUCAAAAGGAAGAUGUAUGGACCGAAUUAUGCUUGGAUAAUAUUUGGUGAACUCAGCCCUACAAAAAUUUUCACUGAUGACCUGAAACUUCAAAAAAGUGCUUUAAUUGAUUGUUCAAGUAACGAUCUAAAGGAGGCAGCGAAUGGUUACAUUUCCACCAUCAAGCUGGACAUCCGUAAGGACAAUAACCAAACCAUAUCCGGCUUGGUAGGUUGACUAGUACGUUGAUAGAGGACAUUAACUAUUGCGCAAACGUUUCCCUUGCUUUGCGGCACCGUAGCUUUGAAGGGUGAAUUCUGCAGGUACGAACACCAUCAUGUUACAUAAAUGCAGUGUUUCUUUGUUGGCACCGCUUUUCGCUCAAAGGACGGUGAGAUGUUAUUAAGAAGACUACCUUUUCAAGUUCUAACUUUCUUUGCAUUCAAAAAAACAGAACUUUCCUAAUAAAACACCAGUUCUGGGACGCCAUUUUUUUUUUCAUGUUGUUGUCGUUAUCAUUGUCACAUUAACGUUACUUUUUCAUGUUUCUUAAGACGUCUGAAAGAUUCUGGUGGCAGAUGAGGCAACUGAACAAGAAAAACAAUCUGAGAAAGGACUCUGCGUACGCCUUCGAUUCAGCAUGGGUAGUAGCCAUGGCACUGGAUUCCGCUUUUGCUAAAGGGAUGAAAUAUGAGAAGCUUUUAAACCGAAAACUCAAGCAAGUUGUAGCGAUAAGAAGUGGUAUUCAACACGUAAACUUCGCGGGAUUAACUGUAAGUAUAAUCUAACAUAACACGGCAGAUUUUGAAUUAAGCGUUUUAUCAAUAAGCAUUAUGCUACACUUUCUUUUAAGACACAGAAACAGAAAAAUUGUUUUGGGUGCAGGCAAAAGCUACUUUUAAAUAACAAUAUACCUCAGUUUUUCUUAAAGAUUCCAGUACUUUUAAGAUAAAAUUUAGUAUUUUUUGUUGUACAGGGGCCUGUAGGUUUUGAUGAAAACAGAGAAAGAGUUGGAACAGUUCUUAUUAAUCAAAAUAGAGAAGGUAAGGUGCUCUGUAAGGAUGAUAGUUUCUUUUAGAAAAAGUGCUUGGAAGAAGAAUUUCCUCUAAAAACGACAAGAUGAGUUAUGAAGAAACGCACCAUUUUGCAGUUGUCUCCCAAAAUAACAAGCACAUUAAAAAAUACAUUAACUUACAGGACGUUGAGAGAAGACCUUGUUAUGUGCAUUUAAAAAAAAUUCUAUAAAAUGUUUCUUGAUACAUAUUUUUUUUCUCAUUGUAAUAUUUAUAAUCAUAGUCGUUUCAGUUUAAGUUUCAGUUGAUUGCCAGCUCGUUAUGUGAAUAACAUGUAAGGUUUUUGUUGUCCUUUUUUAGGAAACGAAACUAGGAUUGGUCAACAUUUCACCUCCUCCGACGAACUCCAUCUAUUUGAAUCUGAGCGAAAUAAGAUAUGGGAAGGUAAUAAAUGUUUCCGUUGCACUUCAAUGUCUUAUCAAAAUAUCGAAAUUGCAGUCACUGAUGAUGAUGACGAUAAUGAUGAUGUAAUGACAAUAAUGAUAAUGAUGACGAUGAUAACAUUGACGUUGGUGAUUUAAUAGAUCUAUUCGGCUAACUCAAUGUUGUACCCAAUUCAAAUCUCCCGGGGAUAAGAUUCUUUGUGUAUUUUAUUUGCAUUGUAAUGUGGCAUUCACAUUUAAAUGAUAUGGAAAUUCCUGAAACAAAACGUUUUAUUCCCAAAGGGUUUGAAUUGGGUACAACAUUGAGUCAGCCGAAUAGGUCUAUGAAUAAUCGAUUAACAUGUCGGUAGAUUCUGUUGGAAAUAACCGAAGCUGAUAUAGUGUACACUCCCUCGAGUGCCUUUUUAUUAUUGAAGCGCCUUCCACUUGCCACGUCGUCUGGUGUCCUGUUUAGUUUCUUGAACAAUCUGCAACUCUAAGUACAUUCUAUAAUUUGCUCAUCUGAUGUUCAGUAUUCUUUGCAGUCUCUCCAGUUAGAUGUACACAUGAGUUUAGGGCACAGUCCGUUCAGAGUCAACGAUGAAAUGCAUGAGCAUAUGGGCUCCCCCAAAUUUAGGGCUACUCAGAUUUUUUGGGCAGCAAGGGAAAUUUGGGCAAAGCCAGUUUUUAAAGAUUCAAAAACCUAACAUAAGAGCAGAGCUUUAAUGACCGCCAUUUGUGACUUGGAGUUUAUCUUCGGACUGUGUGUGCUGAAAGUAAUCCUGAGCAACAAUAGUAGUCUGUGCAAGGUUGGGACUGUGAGAAUUCUAUCAGAUGUGCCAUUUUCUAGGGAGGGACAGAUUUACUAGAUCUUACUAGACGUCGCUUAAGCUCUCUCCAACUAAGUUUAUAACAUUGUUACUGGCCAAAGACGUUUCUGUUGCGUGCCCAUAUAUAGUACUACUCGAAUUUUGUUAGAAACGACCUUUAUCUAUGGAUAAUCAGUUGCUGACCUGCAGCUUGAGCUGGGGCUAUGAACGCCUGCUACGGUGAGAUUUCUCUAAUUUCAAGCAUUGUUCUAAGCAGACUUAAUGCCAAAUAAAGCAGAGUAAAAGUCUCCAUUGUUCCAUGUUACAAGAAACGCGGUUGCGUGGCUUUGGCUUUCGACUCUUUUUGAUUUCAUCUUUUGCAUUUCUCCUUCAGACAAUCGACCACCGAAGGAUCACACCAGCAGAAAAAUUGAGCUGAUGAUGAGUCCCUUACCACUUAUCGUCAUAAUGUGGCUCAUGGCAGCGAUCGGCAUCAUCUGCUCGUUGAGCUUUCUAUAUUUUAACAUCAGUAAAGGUAAAAACAGGUAGGACUUUAACCUUGCUGUUUCUGACCUUUUCCAAUACAAAACAUAUUCUCAAGUAAAAGCCUUUUUGAUUUGUUUCUGAUCUCUAAUCUCAACUUGCAUUAAAUAUUGGAGCUCUUUGCAAAUUUACAUCUUUUAUUUUCAUUUUGUCAGGAUAAUCAAGAUGUCGUCGCCUAAACUUAACAAUAUUAUUAUUAUGGGAUGCAUCCUGUGCUACGCCUCCAUUGUUUUGUUGGGUUUGGAUGCGAGGUUUCUCGAUUUGCAAGGUUAUGGCAUCAACUGCAACGUAAGGAAAUUAAUUAUUAACGAGCAUUUUCUUGAGCAAGAGUUUACCCUUUUCUGACGCAUAAUAUAGCUGUAACAUUUCAAGAGAAAGCUUUCCUUCAUUUGGUAAACAAUGUACUGAGGCGGCAAACGUAGAAUUCCCGAUAAGACAGGUUUUAACACGGGUCCGGACAAAUUUUUGAACGGACUAAUUUUUCCCUGUGCAACCUGUUUACACGGAACCGUGCCAAAUCUGUACAUGUUACAGUAGUUUUCAAACAAAUUUUUGCCGGUGGCAGCAUUGAAAUGGCUUUUUUUUUUAAUCAAGGCGCGUAACUAGGCUUCAGACUUGUCAGUAAAACGUGGGGUCGGGGCCGGGGUCUAUCAUUUUGUUUAAAAGAGUGUUGUUUUAGUUUUAGGGUUACGGUUAGGUUAGGGUUAGGGUUAGUGUCAACCCUAACCCUAACCAUAAUCGUAACCCUAAAACAGCAUUCUUUGAAUAUAAGACAGACCCCAACCCCGGCCCCGAACCCGACCCCGACCUCGUCCCGCGUUUUACUGAUACCCGGCUUCUACCCCACAAACUUUGCAAAAACUUGCACAGUUCAGGUGUUUACACGAGUCCAUGUAACAGCGGAACCGUUCCUGUCAGGUCAAAAAAGUUGCCCACCUUGCCUUAGGUCCCUUGUAAACGAAAGGCAGAUCCAAUUUCACAAGUGUUUGUGCGUUCAAAACUUUGUCCGGGCCCGAGUAAAGGGGGUCAGCCUUUAAGAUAGCAGUUAUAUUUCUACCCAUUCUAUUCCUUCCCGUAUUUUUGAAGGAAGAAAAUGAGCCAAAAAAUGUAAAGUUUUGGAUUUAUUAAUAAAAUGAGUUCGAUUCUUACCAACAGGCACGAGCUGCAGUGCUGUCUAUCGGAUUUUCCUUAUCCUUCGGUGCAAUGUUCAGCAAAACAUGGCGAGUUCACAAGAUAUUCACAGCGGCCAAGACUCUCAAGAAAAUGGUACGAUGUGGUCCACUCUGUAUUGCAGUUAGGUCUAGGUGUUUGCAAAUUAUACGGCAGAUAAAGGCUUCUCUUGACCUUGACCUCUUGACCUUGACCUCUUGACCUUGAAUUGGAUGAAAAUUCAAGAUGGAUACUCCACGAUUAGAAUACGAGCAUUCAACUAGUGUAAAGUAACCUCAAAAGAAACCCUAGCUAUCGUUGUGUAGACCUUUUGUUUAAUUUAGGAAAUUUCAUAAAAAAUAUUAGCUUUAGUGUUCUAUGCACUGUUUUUCUCUUACAGUAACAUACUUUACUAGCCUCCCCGCAGACGUCCUUUGGGGUUCGUUUGUCACGCAUUCAUUUCUCCCCACGGACGACGUCCGUGGGGGAGAAAUGAAUGCGCGGGGAGGCUACAUACUUUACUUGCGUCCCUCGACAAAUUACAAUUGGGUAGAAUGAUAUGGUGAGAUAAAUAAUUAAAACCCAGCAAUCUGAAAUGAAGCAUGAACGGUUCUUUAACAUUCCAAUGCUAAAAGUAAUCACCAAUGCAUAAAAUGUAGUUAAAGAUUUAGAGUAUGUAUACUAACUUCUAUGAUGUUCUUAAUCGAAUGAAUCUUUACCGGGAAUAAUUUCGUAAACACUGUUUUCUAUUAUAUUAUAACAGGCUAUAAAGGAUCUUCAUCUCCUUGCUAUCGUAGCAGUAUUGUUAACAGUGGAUGUUAUUUUCUUGUCCUGCUGGAUUAUUAUCGACCCAUUCCAAGCUGAAGAAUUAAAAUUCGAAGAACUGGUAGGAACUUUUGAGUCGUUUUAACUUCUCGCGUGAACUAUUGAUCACGAUAAAACCUUGGUGUUUAACAGCUUCAACUGCUUAAAAAAACUCGAAGGUCAUAUUAUCAUUAUUUACUCUUGCAGGGGUACAAUAUGCUUGUGAAGCUCCAGCUUUGAAUGCUCCCAUUGGGUUGUUUCUUUCUUGUUUCCUAGUUUCUUAGAAUGGAUAAUCUUUCUACUGAGCUACGGCAGGCAAACUCUCUUGGGGCUUUCAGGGCUGCUUGGGGCUGAAAACAUUUUUUACUAUAUAGUUGUUGUUUUUUUCUCUUUUUUUGAUUCCUGAUGGACUGACAUUGCCUAAGUAAAAGUUUUCAUCCAUUUAUUUCAUUCAUUCAUUCAUUCAUUCAUUCAUUCAUUCAUUCAUUCACUCAUCUACUCAUUCAUAUAGGCGUACCUUUAACUAACAAAUAUGUUAUAGCAUGAUUACUUUCAUGUCAUUUUUUAUCCAUAGAGCCGAAAGCAACAAGACACUAUCAUCAUUCCGGCUUUAUACCAGUGCACCUGCAAAUACAAGACCUAUUUUCUGGCAGUCCUAUUUGCCUACAAAGGAAUACUUCUGUUAUUUGGGCUUUUCCUAGCCUGGGAGACACGCAAUGUCACAAUUCCUGCCUUAAAUGACUCCAAGUACAUUGGGAUGUCUGUUUAUAAUGUUGUUGUGUUGUCCAUUAUCGGUGCUAUUGUGGCCAUUGCACUGGAUGGAUCCAUGUACUACGAAGCUCCUUAUGCCAUUUCCUCGCUCUGUCUUAUUGUUUGUACUACAGUUACGCUGUUACUGGUAUUUGUUCCAAAGGUAAGUCAUAACAUAAUUGUGCCGCUGCUAAUACUUCGUACUGCUAUUGCUACUGCCGCUACUGCUGCUACUACUAUUACUAACUACCAAUACCACCACCAGUACCACUACCACCACCACUGCCACUACUAGUGCCACCACCACAACCACUACCACUACCACCACCACCACCACCAUUACCACCGACCUCUACUACCCCUUCUACUACCACCACUACCACCGCCUCUACCACCACCGCCACUACCACCACCGCCACUACCACCACCUCCACCACCACCACCUUCACCAUCACUACCACUGCCACUGCCACCAAUACCACCGCCCCCACCACCACCACCACCACCACCACCACCACCACUACCUCUACCAUGCCGUGACGUCUUACUGUAAGCUCUGUAAAAAUAACCAGCAGCGUGAAUGAAAAUCGUCGUUUUUCAUUUUAAAACACCCCCAAUACCUUUACCUUUAGAUCUACCAAUUCCUUAUGAAGGAAGAAGGAAUCCUCCAAGCCUCCUCUAUGCAUGCUGCUGCUACCGGCAGACCGCGGGCUCAUAGUCACAGCCUGACGUGCGCAAGCCCUGUGCUUAAAGAACGACAUACCUCAUUUACCUGCAAAAGCACACAAACAGAUUUUGAUGCCCCAGAAAGUGCAGGUAAAGAAAGUAAUGAUUGAAUAAUGGCAUGAAUACCAAGUGCAUGAUGUUAAAUAACAAGUAAAUACAUUUGUAGUUAAGACAAAUAACGGUUUGGUGGUCGCAAUUCCACAGCGUGGUUCUUGGUCUACCACUCCAGAUAAAAUUGGGCUGAGUCGAAAGCGAAAAACUGGAGAGUAAAGUAAACUGUAGAAUACCAGGAGAAAACCUUUCCAGUGCAACCGCGACAACCAACAAUACACUCGACCCACCCUCUGAGCUUCAAACCUGUGUCACAUUACUGGGGUAGCAGUUGGGAUGGUGUGCUGCCAUAACUACGCCACCUUUGCUCGUUGCAAUAUCGAUAACGUCGAAAGAUAAAAAAUAUUCCUAAUAUCCUUCCUUUGAGGAUCAUUUAGGCAGUCUAUAGUUUUUGCUUGAAUGAUCAUACUAUUUUUGUAUUCCGCAAGACAUUUAUAAGCAGAGCAGCACGAAUAGCAUAAACACAUCACGCCCGGGAAACGCCUACUUGUCUGUCUCUAUUGCCAUUACUGGCAACCUUUUCCUGCUGUCAAAUGAAGCAAGGCAGGAAAAUAUAUGUAGGAUAAAGGUUGAAAUUGUUGCUGAAGUUGAAUAAUGUCUUUUUUCUAUAUUCUGUUGCCUCGCAUCAUCAGAAACUUGUUUCAAAAUUUCAAGCUCUUUUACUAUGCUUUUAGGCCCCAGUACUCUCCUCAUUCCACUUCUUGAAAACCGGGUAGAAUACGAUGGACAUGCAAGAGUUUAAAAAUGUUGUAAGUAAUUCAUACGCACACUAUUUCGCUCAUCUCAUCUCCACAUAACAGCUUUGGUUUCUAGUCAUACAUUUCUAAAGAAACCUUCUUGACGGAUACUAAUGAACUUCUUGGCAGCUAGGGCCUUCUUCUUGUUACUCUUUUUAUCUUUUUACUUCAGGGAAUAUCUGUUGAUGGAACAUAUCUGAGGGGUAACUGACCUGUUCAGGGUCACCCUCCAUAAUUGCCUUGAAAGAUAGGAGACUCAUUUGCUGACCAAAUCACUGCCAUUUGGUCUUGUCUAUCUUUUUGCCUUGAGAAAAGUGCAAUCGUCACAUAAGAAAUCUCAAUAGACCAUUUUACAGUUGUUGGCUAAGUAUCCUAGCCUAUGAGUAAACGUCAGGAUGAGGCUGACCUUGUUUUGAUACAAAACCCUUUUGUUAUAAAUUAAAUCCGCGUUGCCGAUAGCAACGCGUCCCUUAAAUUCCCUAAGGGUAUUUUGCAUUCAAGCGCUAUGUUUUAAAAAUUCAGUUUGAGCUAGCAGUGGACAUGAACAGAAGAAUUCAGAUUUAGAAACGAAGACCCGGAGAUAAUUCACGCUAGUAUGAGUAGUUUGUUCUAAGAGUUUUUUCAUCCUUUGAGCGAAUUUCUUAUCAAGAUAUUUAGGUUUUUCCUUUUUCAGCGAAUCAUUCUGUAAAUCACACUAUUAAUCCUCGAAAUGUAGAGGUGAAAGAGGCGAGCCGAUUUCGACGCUUGAUUGCUAAUUAACUUGAACUGUUAGAAUACUGAGACACAGAGAAUUAAAUAAUGAAUCUUGAAGAACAGCGAAAAGACGACGACACCAUUCUAUUCUUAUAAAAAUUAAGCUUAGGACUCACAUAGCAAAAGGGGUUUUAUCAAAACAAGGACAACUCAAGCCUCGUUUUUACCUGUAACUGUAAAUUGGGGUAUUAUCUAAAAUCUUUAAAUUCCACUUUGCAAUCUCUUUUCCUUUGGAAUUUCCAAUGGUGAAGAAAUUACUUUCUCUUUCCCUCUUUGAUGCACGUGAGGCAUCUGCCAGUGGAAUUCCAAGCACAGAUCUCUGUGUUUCGUUUCUCAAUCCAAUCUAUUUCUUUUUUUCCUUCAAACUGAAUUACCACUUCUUAGGCACCACAAAAGUAUUAAACUGGUGGAAUAAACUUCCUUGCAGCGGCGGCAAAUAUAUCGGGGAGCUGGUCUAACUUUUGGCAAAAGGUGCUUACAAUCUUAGAUCUGAUAGUGGAGUAUAGGUGACCACGCCCUCCUUUAAGACUAACUCCAGGAAACAGAUCUAAUCAAGUCCAGCUCCAAAGCACGCCAUUGCAGAUGUUAAUUCUUUGGUUAAUUUACAAUAACUUAGUUGGCUCUAACUCUUUCGUUACCAAACUUGGUCUGAAAGUACAAAAUAUCCAGCCAAUCAAAUUGGCAUGAAUUUGACAUCAAAAUGUCAAAAUAUGACGUUACAAUUGCGCACGUUAUUCAUACUGAAAUUGUAAACUUUAGAAUCGUUCCAUUUUUUAAUAUCAAUUUUAAAAGAGCUAUUCAAGGAGAGAUGAAACCUGAAAAAAAUUUGCAAUAUCUUAUAUAUGAGCUGAGAUACGACAUUUCAAUUUGGAUAAAUUUGUACUACAAAGUAAAAUAAGUCUUAAUUUAAGCGUUUCAUUGUCGUGUCACCAUUACCAUUUAAUAUAAACAUAAGACAUCUUUAUCUUCGAAAGCUAAAGGAAAAAGAAAAUUUUGAAAAACGAAAUUCCUAACUGCACAAAAACCAAGAAAACAGUUUUGCGACGUCAUUAAAAUGUCAAAAUCAAAGGGUUCGUUUUUUAAGGAAAAAUAUGGUUCCAGGUGCACUGAAAUAUCUUUAUUAAAAUCCCAUAACUCGAUUUCUACGUGUCGUAGCGAGAAACGGUUUUCAGCGUAGAUAUAAGGGCGCUUUUCAUUUGUCAGAACUUACCGGCCAGACCAUUCCCGUCGCACUAAUAAUCUCACUUUUAAUCAAAACUCUCCAGCCAGAUCAGUCAAAUCCUAAAUAGUAUGCACGAAGGAGAACAUUUUUCAGCAAAAACGCUUGGAAAAAGCCUAUUUCAUUUUAAACUGACUUGUCCGGCCAUGGUCCGUGCGGCCAGUUUUGACAAAUGGAAAGCGCCCUAAGUUUGACUUUGAAAUUAAAAAAUUCAUUUAACCAAUUUUGGUGACGUCAGCCCUUAUGACGUCAUAAUUUGACAUUUUGUGUCAACCAAAAAAAAAAUUAACUGGUCAACAAUCGAACUCUAUCUGGCACGACUGGUCAAGAAAUGAAAAGAAAUGUAAAAGUUACGUAAAUUUAGCCUAAAUGACCGAUUUGAGGGGUGGUUUGGCCCUAGCGUAAUUAAUGUUACGAUAUCAAGUUACAUUGUAGUUUUUUUCAUCAAAUUCGAUAGCUUUUUAGUUAUAUUAAUUGAAAUUAUUUCGUGACUAGCCAGCGGUCACCAAUGAUGUUACAUAAUAUUGCCCAAAUAUAAAAUGGCGAAUCGUUUCCAGGCAGGAGUGAACUCAACAAAGUGACCAAAGUGUUCAUUGCUAUCCGUAGACAAAAAAGUCGAAAUUCUGACUAAAUCUGAAGGGAAGAAAUGCAAGAGUACACAAAAACAUAUUGGUCGAUGAAAGUCAUCUACUUUUUUGAGUAGUAUCUGCGACAAAAAACAUCUGUUUAUGUACUGAAGCCGUACGACGAACAGGCAAAUGUUUUGAAGAAAGUAUAGACGGAGAUAGGGUUGGUAAGAACUUAGAAAUAUUUUGAAUGAAUAACACAAGAAUUACCGUGAAAUUCCGAAAAUAAGCCCGGGGGCUUAUAUUUUUCAAAGACCCUUUUUGAGGGGCUUAUCUACAGAGGGAAAUUUGCGUUUCAAAAUUGAUUGGGUUAGCCUUAUAGUUGGCAGUAAAUUUACUUUGUAGUUGAGGGCAAUUCUCCAAGUACAAGCCCCCGGGGGAGGGGGGUAUAUUUGGAGAGGCGAUUUAACGGAGGUUUUUUGUGUUACCGGUUCCUGGGGCUUAUACUUGGAGGGGCUUAUACAUGGAGGGGCUUAUUUUCGGAAUUUUACGGUAUUGAACUUGGCUUUCGUAUGAUAUGAGAAAUUAUGCAGAUCUCGGCCUCGGUGGAUAAUUGAUAACACCCUCCUCGAUCUACAUAAUUCCUCGUAUACAGUCAACUCCCUCUAAGACGGCUUCUUUGGGACCAGCACUAAGUGUCCGUCUUAGAGAUAUGUCCGUCUUAUAGAGAGUCAAAUAAAGGGAGUAAAGAAAGGCAGGGACCAACCCUAGGCGUCCGUUGUAGGGAGGCGUCCGUAUUAUAGAGGUGUCCGUUAAGAGAGAGUCGACUGUAAUACUAAACCUAAUUCAAUAAUUGUUUAUUGUAAGAUUUUCAAUUGAAUUAUAUUAUCUGUAUACCGAUAUUUGUAAACUGCAUGAUAUCUAAUUCUAUUACUGCGCUACUUUCGUUUAUAUCUACAGUACAUUGCAAUGCAUGCAUAAUCAUUCAAUAGAAGCAAUUAGUUAUUGAUUAAAAGGUUAUUAGAGACGCAAUCUUUACGCAUGAAAUUAGUUAUAACUCAUGUUUAUCCCCCACCCAAUGCAAUCUUCAAAAGCAGACGGUCUGUCAUUUCACUAGCGACAAAAUAUCUCAAGCAAAAGUGUGUGUGUAACAAACUGAUUUUACUUUUUAGUGAACGAAGUAAUGUUCAAGAACCGAGGCUUCGGCGCAGAUGACAUACCGUAUGAAAUACGCAUGGACGACAUCCAUUUAGACGAAACAAUGAUGGUAGAAUUUAGCCCCCGUUCCUGUGAGACUGUCAUCAAAAAUAGCUACCACACUGGAGGUCCAAGCGGCUCUAAAUGA